UUGGUUCCAAGAAUCGUCGAUUUAAUCGGUGACAAGAAUAUAACAGUUGUUGCUGCUGGAGCUAUUGCAGACCCCCGUGGUUUUGUGGGUGCCAUAUCACUUGGAGCUAAAGGAAUUUGUAUGGGAACAAGAUUCAUAGCUACCAAAGAGUCGUAUGCACAUGACUACUAUAAGGAACAACUGCUCACGUAUACUGGAGAAGAUACCGAUUACACAGACCUAUACAGUCGUGAAAGCUGGAGAGCACCAACUCGUGUUCUUAACACCCCUUUCCACCAGAAAUGGAAACCAGCGCCGGAGGAUGUUGAGAAUAAUGCAGAGCAACCUAUUAUUGGAUACUCGAUCAUUUAUGGAGGGGAAACAGUUUUACGUCGUUUUGCAGGACAAGUAGCAAACAAAACAACAGCCGGGGAAGUUGAAAAUAUGGUCAUGUAUGCAGGACAGGGUGUCGGACAUGUGAACGAUAUUCUUCCUGCGGGUGACAUUGUUAAGAAUUUCAUUGAGGGUGCUGAAAAGAUCAUCAAGGAACUUGGAAGCAAGUAUGCAACAAUAGAUGAUGGAGUUUCUGCCAUUUCACUUGCAUAACUGAAUUUUGAUUGGAGUUAAUAAGCUUAACUUUUUUAGUCUCUUCUGAGAUUCUUGGAAGUUAAAUUGAGAGAUGUGUGUGUAAUGUUGGUCAAAAUGGUUCAAGCCUUCUAUUGUUGUUCGAGACUCUAUUCCUUUAAGUAUGGUGUUGGAGUACUCUACAGAUCGGGUAUUGUUUUAAUUAGGUUUGUUGGGUCAACUGUACUAGUUCAUCCUUGUUUUCUUGUUUCGUGUCGUUUAAUUUGUUUCGUAAAUUCACAUUCCAAUGUUAUUA